AUGGCCCACCUCAUAGCUCAACAAGCAAGAUAUCCUCAUCCAUACACACACACACACACACCAGUGUACACCAUGGCCUUAGUCCAGGAGCUGGCUCUAGCUUCUUUCCUCUUUCUCAUUACCCACUUAUUCAUUCGCUCUCUUCUGAGGAAACCCUCUCGUCCUCUGCCACCAGGACCCAAAGGCUGGCCUCUCAUUGGUGCCCUUCCCCUCCUAGGGACCAUGCCCCAUGCCACAUUAGCCACAAUGGCCAAAAAAUACGGUCCUGUCAUGUACCUCAAAAUGGGCACUUGUAAUAUGGCUGUAGCCUCCACUCCUGAUGCAGCUCGAGCCUUCCUCAAAACGCUAGAUCUCAAUUUCUCAAACCGUCCUCCAAAUGCAGGGGCUACUCACUUAGCGUACGAUGCUCAAGACAUGGUUUUUGCAGAUUAUGGACCCAGGUGGAAACUAUUACGCAAGUUAAGUAACCUUCAUAUGCUAGGUGGUAAAGCUCUGGAGGAGUGGGCUCAGGUUAGGUCUGUUGAACUGGGUCACAUGCUUCGAGCCAUGUGUGAAGCUAGCCAAAAAAACGAAGCAGUGGUGGUGCCAGAAAUGUUAACCUUUGCCAUGGCUAAUAUGAUUGGGCAAGUAAUACUUAGCCGUCGGGUGUUUGUGAGCAAAGGUUCAGAGUCUAACGAGUUCAAGGACAUGGUGGUGGAGCUAAUGACGUCUGCAGGAUUGUUCAACAUCGGUGACUUUAUACCUUCAAUUGGUUGGAUGGAUUUGCAAGGGAUCGAACGAGGGAUGAAGAAAUUGCAUAAGAAAUUUGAUGUGUUAUUGACAAAGAUGAUGGAGGAACAUAUGGCUACCACCAAUCAGCGCAAGGGGAAGCCUGAUUUUCUUGAUGUUAUUAUGGCCAACAGAGAAAACUCCGACGGGGAAAGGCUCAGCAUCACCAACAUUAAAGCUCUUCUUUUGAACUUGUUCACUGCAGGCACUGAUACUUCUUCAAGCAUUAUUGAAUGGGCACUCUCUGAAAUGUUAAAAAACCCUAAAAUUCUAAAACGCACACAUGAUGAGAUGGAUCAAGUUAUUGGUCGGAGCCGGCGACUUGAAGAAUCCGACAUACCAAAGCUUCCAUAUUUACAAGCUAUAUGUAAAGAAACAUUCAGAAAGCAUCCAUCAACACCCUUAAACCUACCAAGGGUCUCAACUGUUGCAUGUGAAGUGAAUGGCUACUACAUCCCUAAAAAUACUAGACUUAGUGUCAACAUAUGGGCAAUAGGACGAGACCCAGAAGUGUGGGAAAACCCAAACGAUUUUAACCCGGAGAGAUUUUUCACCCAAAAGAAUGCAAAAAUUGAUCCAAGGGGAAAUGAUUUCGAGUUGAUUCCAUUUGGGGCAGGAAGAAGAAUUUGUGCAGGGACAAGGAUGGGAAUUGUGCUGGUUGAGUACAUAUUAGGCACUUUAGUACACUCUUUUGAUUGGAAAUUGGCAAAAGGAGUUGAUGAACUCAACAUGGAUGAGGCUUUUGGCCUUGCAUUGCAGAAGGCCGUACCUCUCUCUGCCAUGGUUAGCCCUCGGCUGGCACCAACUGCUUAUGCUGCCUAAAUUAAAUGCUGCCAAGUCUCAAUCUUCUAUAAUAUGGCUCAUGUCGUCCAGGGGAUUAUUGCUCUUUGAAUUAUCUUCCUUUUUCUUUAUUAUGUUCAUCUUAAUUAUGGUGUGUUUAAAUCAAAAUAAUAUGACUGUGUACCAAUUUCCUACCUGCUGCCUAUUUAAUUUCAUUAUUUUUAUAUUUUAACUA